CAAACAUUGGGCAAACUGUCGUCCUGUCGUGGCGCCGUUCAGGAGUUACGAGCACACCACGUUAUCAUACAAGCACCCCGUGCAUACAACUCAAACGUUGUAAUUUAUUGCCGUUAAAGCUCAUUUACGUGUCAAAAGUAGUGUGAUCAUGGGAAAGUUGAACAUCACAUUACUCCGAUACAUGACAUCAGAUGAUUUUCGAGUGCUGACAUCUGUUGAAAUGGGGAUGAAGAAUCACGAACUGGUGCCUGCUGCUCUGGUCGCGACAAUUGCUAACCUAAAGCAUGGUGGAUGUCACAAACAUCUUCGUGAACUCUGCAAACAUCGGCUGCUGUCAUACGAACGGGGAAAAGCAUAUGAUGGGUACAGACUGACAAACACUGGGUACGACUACCUUGCCCUCAAAGCGCUAACAUCCAAGGGCUUGGUAUAUUCUGUUGGGAACCAGAUUGGUGUGGGAAAGGAGUCUGAUGUUUAUGUGGCUGCAAACGAAGAAGGUAGAGAUAUGGUACUAAAAAUAAGCAGAUUAGGCCGAGUCUCUUUCCGCAAGCUGAAAGAAAAGCGUGACUACCACAAACACCGCAACCGCACAUCGUGGCUUUACCUCUCUCGACUGGCUGCGGUAAAAGAAUUUGCCUUCAUGAAGGCUCUCCACGAACGAAGUUUCCCUGUACCAGAGCCCAUUGGCUUCAACAGACACUGCAUUUUAAUGCAGCUGAUAAAUGGAUACCCACUAUGCCAAGUACACGAAGUAGCCAACCCACCAGAGCUCUAUGAUCGCCUUAUGAACUUAAUAGUUCAGCUGGGGAACUGUGGUCUCAUUCAUGGGGAUUUCAACGAGUUCAACAUCAUGUUGGACGAAAACGAUCAACCAACAUUGAUUGACUUUCCACAGAUGGUGUCUACUUCUCACCCAAAUGCAGAAUGGUAUUUUGAUCGUGAUGUCCAGUGUGUACGAGAAUUCUUCAAGAAAAGAUUUGGAUAUGAAAGUGAACUGCAUCCCAAAUUUUCUGAUAUUGAGAGAGAAGACACAUUAGACCUGGAAACAGCAGCCACUGGGUUCACGAAAGAGUCACGAGACGAACUCAACGAAGCCAUGCGACAGAUGACAGACAUUCAGGAGGAAGAAGAGAAUGGCUCAGACGGCGAGAAGGAAGGCGACAGCAAAACAAAAUAUAUUGAACCUUGCACUGCUAAGCAGGCAGAAACGAAGAAGCCUACCAUGCAAAGUUACAUGAUAGAACGUUUCCUCGACAGCACUGAGCAGCACGCUGUUGAUGCAGCUGGUCAUUUGGCUGAUGCCCCUGGUGAUGGACACGAUGAAUGCACACCAAGCACAUGCCAGGAGAGCAGUGUAACUUGUAGGUUGUCGAGAGACUUUGAGCAAAUGGGCAGUGAUGCUCCAGGACAUAAGGAAGAUGUUGUUCCUGCACGAGGCAUUAAUGCAGAGGAACCUGUUGCUGAGAUGAUGAGCAGAUGCGAUAUAGCCGAUUCUUGCAGCACCGUAGCGUACAGCAUGACCAGCUGUACCACGAUAGCGCCAGAAGAAAUCAAAGAGAGGGUGAAGAAGCAAUUGAUUCGUAAGGAAAAGGAAAAAUCUAAGCAUUUUGUUGUCAAAGGAGAGGCAAGUGCUGUGACACGGAAAAGAAGGGAAAAUCGGGAUGUCAUUCGGCAGAGCAGAGACUGCCAGUUUUGGGACUGAUGUGCUUGCAAGUUAAAAAGUUAGUUAUUAAUUGCGAGUGAGUGUAAUGCCUAUCUAAUAUCUAAUCUAUAUUAAACAUAUGCUGACAUACUUUUAA